AUGGCGGUGCCCUCCAACGUGCUGCUGCUGCUCACCGCCACGUGCGGCCGUGCCAUCCCGGGGCCAACGCUGCCGCUCGCCCUCAACCUGGCACUGUGCGACCUCUCGCUGGGCAUCAUGUGCGCGUCGAUGGCCACGACCUCCCUGCAGCUGGCGUCCCUCCACUCGCUGCUCUGGCUGAGCGCCUGCCGCUUCGCCGAGGUGCAGCGGCCCCUGAGCUACGCGCGCACCGUCACUGCGCGGCGGGCCGGCGCCGCCGUGGCCCUCGCCUGGGGCCUGGGGCUGGCCGCCGCGGCCGCUCCGCUCGCGGGCCUCGGCAGCUACGGCCCCUCGCGGGCCACGGGGACGUGCGGACCGCGCUUCCUGCGGGCCGAGGGCGGGGCGGCGGGCGAGCGGGCCCUCUGCGUCCUCCUGCUGGGCCUCGGAGUGGCGGCGCCGGUGGCCGCGUUGGCCGCCAUGUACGCGUACAUCGUGCAGGUGGCCAGGAGGCAGGCGAGGCGCGGGGCCUUCGUGUGCACGGAGGCGCACUGCUACUACGUGCCCGCGCGGAGGUUCUUGCGCUGCACCGUGGUGCUGGUGUCCACCGUGGUGGUGCUGCUCGUCUGCUGGGUGCCCUACCUGUCCGUGAGCUUCUACGCCGCGUUCGCCCGCCUCCCCGUGCACGUGACGGCCGAGGCGCUUUGCUCGGCGCUCACGCUGCUAACCUCGGCGCUCAACCCGUGGGUCAACUUCCUCUCCCAGCAGAAGUUCCGGCGGGCGCUGUCGCUGGGCUGGGCCCGGCUCUGGGGAUCGGCGUGCUGGUUCUGGGCACCGGCGCCCUCCCGCCACAACCGGCGAGAGGGUCGCCCUCCAUGGGGAGGGGGGGCGCAGGGCCCCCCGUCCCCCUCCGUGCCUCGAUCGAUCCUCGGUUUGGUUCCGGUCCGGCCUCUGGUCGGCAACGGGCGGAUUCGAUAA